GCAGCGGAUUGGCUGAUGGGUGCCGAGAGUUCUUUGAGGGAAGCUUACAAAGCCAAGGCUGAGCACAGUGCAGCAUCGACACUGUGAUGCUCAAACAGCCAUCUGAUAUCAUGUCGCUAUGAGAUGGUUCUUAUCAUGAGACAGUCUCUAACAGAUCCACUCUCAUAGUUACCCACUGUGGAUAAACGGCUUUGAAAAUCUCCCAUGGAAUCUGUACAACCAACUCUCUAACAGUGGACUUUAAAAGAUUCCAAUAACAGGAGGGAAAUAUAAAGAUCUUUGAAAUCCAGAGUGUCCACGAGGAAGCGCUACAUCUUGGUGAGACCUCGAUUACUUUUAAAGGACAAUCGCACAGAAGUCAAAUCCAAUCACUACACAUAAGGCAAGAGGAGAAAGGAGAGCUGAAGUGACAAGCUGAAUAAACAAGAGGAGGAAAAGGACAGGAGCAGCUGGACUUUUGCUACAAGCAAUUGUGAACAUUAAGGGUUGGAAAUUAAAGUUGACAGAGGAAAACAAAAGUGAUACGGGAGCUGGGAGAUUUUGUGUUAGCAGGUUGAAAAAAGCCAACUGUUAAACAUGUCUGACCAAGACAUUGAAGACUUUGAAGUAGACAGUAUGUCAGAUACCUCUCGGAUGAUCCCUGGCCUCCCACCCUAUAACAUAGAAGAUCAGCUCCUGCCUAUGGAGUCUCGGAGCAGGUGGGGGUGCUGGAUGUGGACCCUGCUGGUUACCGGAGCUAACUUUGUGGCUUUCCUAGCUAACUUCAUCAUGCUGUUUUUUAUAUUCACCAUUGUCCUGACACCCACGAUCGUUGUGGUUUACUUUGGGUUUCAAUGCCACUCCAGGGUCCUGCAUUCCGACGCCUCGUAUUGCAAAACCCUACUGGAUGACAACAGCUCCUCGGCUCUGAUAAUCCUGGGUUUUGUUAUGAUGUCUCCGCUGAUUGUGCUGGCCAUGGCUGUGUACUGUGGCCUUGCCAGGAGGCUGCGGCUUUUCAUGUGUUUUCAGCCCUACACUCGGGCUUUGUAUAAAGGGGUGCGAUGGAGAUGGUAUGAAGAGGGUGGAAUAUGUGGCUUUGUCAGAGAAUGGAAUAGCCAUGUCAAAGCCUGGGUAUAAAUAUCCCAAAGACUGAUGCCAAGUUAUAUAUUUAUCUUUUCCCUUCUGGAACGCUUCAUCCUUUGUUCCUAGUGCAUUAAAUAAACUCAGGUCUUCUGCAAAGCUUUCUGCUUAGAUACAAAGAACAGUUACCUGCUGCCAAACCAGUCACUCCUUCCUUUAUUUCAUUGUCCCCGUCUAAUGGAGAUGUAUACAAAAUGUAUUUAUUUUCUGGUAGCAGGACCUUAAUAAUGGCACCCUGAAAAAGAAUAUUCAUCUGUCCCAAAAUGGCAGUUUGUCAGUAUGUAGAAUUCACUGGCACGUUCUGCUUAUUAUUGAAGCUCUCCUCAUGUAUUUCUAUUGUUGUAUUGUAUUUUGUUAAUUGUGUACAGAACAUCACGACUUUCCAUGGCAGUGUGUAUCCAUUGAUAAUACAUUGAUUCAGCCAUUAGAUGUUGUCUUAGGGGUAUAGCCUGCAGUUCACAUUGUAUGAUAUAAAUUUAUAUAGAUCCACAGCA